CAUAAGGGAGAGCAGUCACAAGAGAUGGUAAUAAAGAGAAAUUACAAAAAAUCUCAGACCCCAAGGUGACCAGUCACAGGAGGAGUCUGUAAAGAAAGAGGCUCUAAAAUAUCUCCAACCAUAAGGAGAGCAGUCACAAGAGAUGUAAUAAAGAGAAAUAUACAAAAAAUCUCAGACCCUAAGGUUGACCAGUCACAGGAGGAGUCUGUAAAGAAGAGGGCUCUAAAAUAUCUCCAACCCAUAAGGGAGAGCAGUCACAGAGAUGGUAAUAAAAGAAAUAACAAAAAACACAGAGCCAUAAGGGAGACAAGCCACAGGAGACUGUGAGAAAUGGGAAAAAGACAACUAUGAAAUCACCAACCCACCAGGUAGACCAGUCACAAGAGUUUGUAACAAAAAGGAAAAAGGUGUCUAAAAUAUCUUCAACCCACAAGGUAGACCACUCACAAGAAACUGUGAAAAAGAGGAAAUAUACAAAAAAAUCACAGACCCAGGAGACUGACCAGUCACAGGAGGAGACUGGAAAAAAUGCAUCUAUGAAAUCACUGACGAAUAAGGUAAACAAGGUGGCAUCAAAAAAAUCACAAAGCCAUACAGUAGAACAGUCACUGGGGAUUGACCAAUCACAAGAGACCGUGAGAAAGAGGAACUACACAAAGAAAUCACAGAGGCAUAAGGAGGACUCGCAUGAGACUGUGAGAAAUGGGGAAAAGACAUCCAAGAAAUCACAGAAGCAUAAGGUAGAGUUACGAGACACGGAACAGUCACAGGAGGAGACUGUAAAAAAUAGGAAAUACACUAAGAAAUCAAAGACCCACAAGGUAGACUCAGGAGUCCUCUCCUUACUCCCUGUGUUAUCUGCAGACCUCUCCCUCAACCUUUCCUCUCCCACAUGCAGCCCUCCUGGGCUUACAAAGAGAAAAUAUACAAGAAAAUCACAAACCCUCAAGGUAGACUCAGAUGUCCUCUCCUUACUCCCUGUGUUAUCUGCAGACCUCUCCCUCAACCUUUCCUCUCCCACAUGCAGCCCUCCUGGGCUUACAAAGAGAAAAUAUACAAGAAAAUCACAAACCCUCAAGGUAGACUCAGAUGUCCUCUCCUUACUCCCUGUGUUAUCUGCAGACCUCUCCCUCAACCUUUCCUCUCCCACAUGCAGCCCUCCUGCGCUUCCAAAGAGAAAAUAUACAAAAAAAAUAAAGACCCUCAAGGUAGACUCAGAUGUCCCAUCCUCACUCAUUGUACUGUCUGCAGACCUCUCCUCCAGCCUUCAGAGUAGCCUCUCUCCUACUCUCAGCCCUUCUGGCAUCCCCUUCUCACCAAACACACCUAAGAGAGUCAGAGGCAGACCUCGGCGGGUACAGCAGCAGCUCUUUCUUAGCUCCACGCCAGGCCCUCACCCCGGAUCCUCCACAGGAACAGACAACCCCUUCUCUGCCUCCCUGUCUCACCUGGGACUGGGCUCCAAGACAGAGGGCCCUCAGAACGCCUCACCCAUCACCCCCUGGAAGCUGUUGGAACUAAGCCCUCUGGAGAAGACACACUUAGCUUUACCCGGUAGUAAACCUCGGGGUAGACCCAGAGUUAGGCCAAGGAAGAACUUGGCUACAGUGAAGGGAGUGAAGAAGAAGGUGAAGCCUGCAGCAGAGGGACGGUCCCAGACCUUCAGCUCUGAGGAAGGCCCCCCAGCCAAACUCAGACGUAGAAGCAGGAGGGGCCAGACGGAAGAGGGAGCUGGCCUGCAGAGCGGUGACACGACCAGCACUGAGCCACUCCAACGCUGCAGACCAAGGUUUGAGCUGCAGGAGUCAGACUCACCAGACGAAGACACAGGAGAUGCCUCCCUGUCCUCAGACCUCUCCAUCGAGUUAAGCGUACAGGAAGACCGUGUGACAUCACUGACUCUUGAAGAGGAGGAAGAGCAAGACGACGAGGAAGAUCUGCCCAGUUUCUUAAAUAACACAAAGCCACUGUCCAUAACAGAAGGAAUAUGUGUUUGGUGCAAAUUUAGAAACUAUCCUUUCUGGCCGGCAAUGGUGAAGAGUGUGAACCGUAARCUGAAGAAAGCCAGCAUUGUGUUUAUUGACGACCUGCUGUUUGACAAAAAGAGGAUACGAAAAGGCUUUUCUGUGUCCCUAAAAACAUUGAAGCCUUUUGACUGUGAAGAGGCUGAUCAGCUAGUGGUAAGGUGUAAAGCCAGAGAGAAGUAUGAUGCUGCCAUCAAAUGGUGUCUGGCGUUGAUAGCCGACUAUAGAAUCCGUAUCGGAUGCGGCUUCACCGGUUCCUUCAUUGAAUACUUUUCUGAUGACAUAAGCUGCCCAGUGAGGAGGUGCUACCCCCGGGGCACCUCAGACCUGACCUUCCCCAGUAAGCUAAUUCUGGAGGAGCAGUACGUAACCUCUGACCCGGAAGGGGACGAUCAGGAGGGCAGCAAACGGCAGGAGGAGGAGAGGAGGAGGAAGCUGCUGCCUGACCGUUCCAAGGCUGCACGUAACCGUGCCAACGAGAAACUGGUGGACUUCGUCGUCAGGCAGCGCCGGGUGGAGACACGCCUUCUAGGCGUAAUCAGUGGUCAGCAGCAGUCUAAGUGGCUGCGUUGGUUCCUGGCGGCCAGUCGGUCAGUUGUGGACACGUACCUGGAGGACGAGGAGCAGCUGGACCAGGUGUACCAGUACCUGAGAGGGGUGUACGAGACCGCCCCCCUCACCGCACCCUGUCUGGCCGAUGUAGACCGCAUCCGCUUGGUACUGGACGUGCUGUUACCAGAGGCUAUUAUCUAUGCCAUAGCUGGAGUGGACGAGUUGUCACUGGUGAAGGCAGAAGACAAAUACCUGAAAGGGCCCUGUCUGAGUAAAAGGGAAAGAGAGGAGUUCGAUGCGAUGAUCGAGCAGCAGAUGAAGAUGAAAGCAUCGAUCCGUCAGCGUCCUGCACACUGAACAUAACACAGCCUACUUGGCUUCCAACCCUCAGACUAAGAGGGCYAUAGGGCUCUGGUCAAAAGUAGUUUGAAUAGUGCCAUUUGGGAUGCGGCCUCAGAAUGCCAGUGUCCUAAUCAAACGAUGCUUCUAAGCAUUAUAGGACAGUAAAUAAGUAAGUAGCCUUGUCCAAGCAAGAACAGCCAGUAAGGUAGAAGCCUUUUUCUGUACCGUGAAGYAGCUUGAUAUACAAGUACACCCUCUGGCCAGGACGCUGGUCUAUCGCAGACAAUAAGAACCAUAUAUAACUGUCUCUAAAUGUGGCUCUGAGGACAAUCAACUGCUGUUGUACAUGCUAGCAGUGGUGUGACUUAACAAAACUACAUUGAAUUACCAAGUUAAUCAAAUCAUUGUCAAAUCAACUGAAAUCAUCUGUGAUCGGACUGGUCAAGAUUUACAGCUUCAACACGGAACUCCUGGGAGGGUGGGACCUCGUAUCAUUCAGACAGACUUACACCGCCGGUUGAAACUGGGACUUCAUUUUAGACCCACUGCAACAGUAUUUGAUCCAACAUGGUCGCCCGUCUAGGCUGUUCAACURUAAAUUCAGGACAUUAAAGAAGACACUGCUCUAUUUUUCUAUGGAAAGGUCUGCUCUUUUUUAAAAUAAAUAGUCAUAUUUGAA